UUUUCGCCGGAGUUCGCCUACUUCGCUGUCACACGUGUUUUUGUUUACAAAAUUGCAUGAGUUUUAUUGUGAUUUUAUUUAACAAAAAUUAGCCAAAAUGAAGAGUGAUUCGGUGAAAAAACGAGUGUCAUUCAGUGAUACAAUGGAUAAGGAUGCAAAAUCAUCAAAAAGCCAUUACAAAAAGACCAAGAAGGUGUCAGAAAGCAAGUCUUCUGAUGUGUCAGGAGAAUCAAGAUCGGCCACUCCGGAUAUCAAAGUAAAACAGGAACAACUGCAUGAAAAAUGCAGUGAAAGCUCUUCUGAUUCCAGCGGAGAAGAUGUCAAGAGGUCCAUCAUCAAGGAGGUUUCUCAAGCUUCUGUUCCAGAGAAUUUGAAAUUAUUCCUCGAAAAGCGUCCGAAUCUGACUUUGAAUACUCCCACGAAGAAACAUCCCGAUAUGAAGGUGUACUCCGAAGAGGAAGUCUUUAUUCUGCAGUGUCACAAUUCGAUAGAACCUGAAAAAUUGCUGGGAGAGAAGAUUUACCUCAAAGGAAGGACUCAAAUUGAGGAAAAUGGAUUGGAAUUUUCUGUUGAAAAAAUUCCAGAAGGACCUUCAAGGACUGUAACUUUGGUGUCUUCUCAGGAAAAAGGACACUUGACAGCCGAGACUUUUCCUGUGGUUGGGAAGAUCACCAUCAGCCAAUUGAUUGAGGAGCCUAUUAUUACCUACAAUGCCUCUCAGGACAAUGCCCAUGAAGAAUUCCCGACCAAUCUGAAAGUGCGUCAUCCUCUCCUUGGAGCAGAUUUUGAGAAGACUGUGUCAGAGAACAUCGUGGUGAAGCAAGAGUCCCCGGAAAUUGAAGUAGUUCAGACAUCCCAAAGAAGGUCAAAGAGGAAGAGAGAUCGCGAGGAGCCAACUUCGUCAAAGAAAUCUCCAGCGAAGAAGAAAAUCAAGCAAGAGGAAAUAUCAUCGGACCUCCAAUGGCUUCAGGAAGUCUAGAAACAAAAGCCCAUUUCUUAAACAUUUUCAAUCUAUUAUCUUUUCAAAGAGAUAUUUCCAAAAUUAAACACUAUUACAUUUAUAAUUGCAUUUUGUGUUAAAAUUUCCAUACAAAAAUCAACAUUUUUCUGUGUCACAUUCACCAACUUCUUGUCCUUUUCGUGAGAAAAUUAGCACCUGUAAUUUUCCGCGCUAUUCCUCCCUCCGCUUCUUCCCUCAUUUAAAAGACAGUUUGCCUUUAUAGCCUUUGUUCUGGUACUCAAAAAAUGUAAUGAAGAAAUUUACAAAUAUCACAUGUGAUGAAGAUUUCUUAAAGCUCCUUGAUGCAAAAA